AUGACAGAAAUAGAUUUUUCUUUUUUGCAUUCUAAUAUUAAACUUGCUUUCUCAGACUUUGUGGAAGUGAAAGAGGAAGGUCAAGAAUGCAAAGAACUGAAGGAUGAAGAUCAGGACCACAAUUACACGACUGACAGCUGCUCAGAAACUGAUCAGAAAUCCCCACAAGAAAGAUUUAUAGCAAAAAGUUUUCUUGAAUGCCAUUAUUGUGGUAAGACUUUCAGAAACCGAGGGCACCUAACAACUCACCUAAGAACUCACACUGAGGCACCUCACGCUUGCUCCCACUGUGAGAAGACUUUCAUCCAUAAAAGUAGACUUGUGGAUCACAUGAAGAGUCACACAGGUGAGAGGCCUUUUGCUUGCCCUCAGUGUGAUAAACGUUUCAGUUUUAUAGGAAGACUUAAUUAUCACAUAAAGACUCACAGUACUGAAAGGCCGUACGUCUGCCCUCAAUGUGGAAAGAGUUUCUUAUUUAAAGCAUGUCUAAAGAACCACAUACGCAUUCACACUGGCGAGAAACCUUUUAAAUGCCCUCAGUGUGAUAAGAGUUUUAAACAAAGGGGACCUCUUAAGCAUCACAUACGAAUUCAUACAGGUGAGAGACCUAUCACAGGUGAUGUGUGUGUUAAAAGUUUUAAAACAAAUGAAUACCUUAAAUAUCACAUGCGAGCUCAUACAGGUGAGAAGCCAUUCUCAUGCGACAUUUGUGGUAAAAGCUUUAAAAAAAAUGAAUAUCUUAAGAAUCACAUACAAAUUCAUACAGGUGAGAGCCCUUUCUCAUGCGAUGUGUGUGGUAAAAGCUUUAAAAAAAAUGAAUAUCUUAAGAAUCACAUACAAAUUCAUACAGGUGAGAGCCCUUUCUCAUGCGAUGUGUGUGGUAAAAGCUUUAAAAAAAAUGAAUAUCUUAAGAAUCACAUACAAAUUCAUACAGGUGAGAGCCCUUUCUCAUGCGAUGUGUGUGGUAAAAGCUUUAAAACAAAUAAAUAUCUUAAGAAUCACAUACAAAUUCAUACAGGUGAGAGCCCUUUCUCAUGCGAUGUGUGUGGUAAAAGCUUUAAAAAAAAUGAAUAUCUUAAGAAUCACAUACAAAUUCAUACAGGUGAGAGCCCUUUCUCAUGCGAUGUAUGUGGUAAAAGUUUUAAAAUUAAAGAAUAUCUUAAGAAUCACAUGCGAGUUCAUAACGCUGAGAAGCCUUUCUCAUGCGACGUGUGUGGUAAAAGUUUUAAAAUUAAAGAAUAUCUUAAGGAUCACAUGCGAGUUCAUAACGCUGAGAAGCCUUUCUCAUGCGACGUGUGUGGUAAAAGUUUUAAAAUUAAAGAAUAUCUCAAGCAUCACAUGCGAGUUCAUAGCGCUGAGAAGCCUUUCUCGUGCGACGUGUGUGGUAAAAGUUUUAAAAUGAAAGAAUAUGUUAGGGAUCACAUGCAAAUCCAUACAGCUGAGAGCCCUUUCUCAUGCGCCGUGUGUGGUAAAAGAUAUAAGCAAAAAUUAUAUCUUUUGAAUCACAUGCAAAUUCAUACUAGGAAUGUGUAGGUUUGUCAAAUUUUCAUUCUGAGUACUCUUCGAGUCUUAAAGGUGCUCUAAGUGAAUUCGCUUAGAGCGCCUUUAAAAACAAGUUGUUGAUUAAUCGGAAGGCAAGCAUGAGGGGCAAUGCGUAUGCAUCAUGGUGAAAAUGUAAUUAUAUAUAACAGCUCGCUUUUUGUGAGCAAGGGCUACCACAUUUUUUACUUGUUGAUUUUAUUUCAUUGAUUUAUUGACAUGUUAAUUUAUUUUAUUGGUUGAUAUGUUAUUAUCAUUUUUUAACAUACUUAAAAGAAUCCAACUAACAUACUUAAAAAAUUCAAGAAAAUACAGAAAAUGUAUAGAAAAUGUGCGGGCAAUCUGUUGAAGACCACUGAUCUAGAGCAUGUUAUUUAAAUGAGUGUUUUUUUUUGUAUAGUUGUUUUAUUGUACUUUUAAAUAAAUAAUGCAACAUGUAUAA